UCUACCCUAAGCGUAGGAGUCACUGCCUUCACUGGGAUUAGGGUUUUCACUGCCGCUUUAAAGCUAUCUCCUCUUGCUUGCUGCAGAUACCUCUUUGCCGUUGAUCUUCUCCUUCAUCUACAAACAUGGGUAAGACAAGGGUUAUGGGAGCUGGGCGCAAGCUCAAGAGACUUCGGAUUAACCAGAGGUCGGCUGACAAGCAGUACAAGAAGUCUCACCUUGGAAAUGAAUGGAAGAAGCCUUUUGCUGGUUCAUCUCACGCCAAAGGAAUCGUCCUCGAGAAAAUCGGUAUUCAGGCUAAGCAGCCAAACUCUGCUAUCCGUAAGUGUGCCAGAGUUCUCUCUGCUGAGCUCAAGCUCGCCGGUGCUACCAGACAUCUCAGGGGCGAUUUCAUUGCCGCAGCUGGUUCCCUCCUCGUUGCCGGAUUUCUCGUUGGUCGCCGGCACUAAAUGAUGUGUGGCAGGGCUGGUCGGCCUCCAUUUGAUGACACGGGAA